UUCUCAGUCUCUCACUUCAGCAAUCUCAUCUACACUGACCCACAUGGACUUCAUCCCAGCUCCAUCUUCUAUAACACAGCAAACGCUCCAAAACCCACUUAUCAAAUCAAGGUAAAUCUCUCUCUCUCUCUCGCUCGCUCUCUGCCUAGAACACAGAUAUGCACAACAUAUACAUCAGUUCAACUCUAACACUUGGGUGCAAAGAGUCUCUUUCUUUUUCAAUCAAUGAGUAUUCGAACUGUUUGAAUGAUAGAUUUGAUAGACACCCAUUGCCAUUAUCAUCAUGUUCAUCGUCAUGUUGUGCUUGUUGUGCAAAUUCUACGUAUAGAGUGCCCACAUGCCCUAGCUCCUUAUAUGGCUUGAGACAAUCUACUUUAAUUCACUGGUCACCAUGUAAAAGAUUGAUUUUGGGUGGUGUGGAUCGGUGUUAUACCCGGUUUCCGGUAUGUGAUAUUGAUCCAAACUGCUAUGAGAAGUCUUACUCUUUUAAGAAGAGAAGUGUUUGUGGAAGAAAAGGGAGGUGGGGAAAGGGUAGAUAUGGCUGUGUGAUUUUUGAGGGUAAGAGUGAAAGGGACCAUCUGACUGAUGUUGAUGAGGCUGAGGUUUUGCUUAGCUUGUUGAGUGAGGAGGUGGGUGAGGAGUGCUUUGGUGUUAGAAGGAGAAAUGGCAGGUUAUCUAGAAGAGUUCAAGUGGAGAAAAAAGAGCAUGGUAGUUGUUCUAGAAAUAAGGUGAAAAAUGCUGAUUCCGGUGUUUUGGAGAGUACUUCAAAACUUGACUAUGAAUUGCAAGUGGAUAAGAGAGGGAAUGGUGGUGGUACUUGUUACAUUGCCAAAAAGAAAAUUGAGGACUCUGGUGAUUUGAAGAGCAAUUUGAAGUGUGAGUAUGUACCUGUUAUGCAUAAAUCUAGGGAGGAGGAUAAGGGAUGGAAAGAAGAUAGAAGGGAAGAAGAGAAGGAACACUUUUUGAGAGUUGAGAAUCAAAAGGCUACGGUGAGGAAAGAAGGAUCGAGUUGCUCAUCUUAUUAUUCCUUUUCUUCAUUGGGUGAACGGGAGAGUGAUAAUGAAAUUGAGGGUAAACAUGAAGGAUAUGUGGAAGAAUCAUCAAGUGGGCAUAGAAGGAAUUCGAAAAGGAAUGGCGAAAUUACAUGUGAUGAGAAAGUUGCGGUGGAGCUUGAGAGGUAUGGUGAUUAUGCAGAGGAACAUGGGUUUGCAUUGAAAAGAAAAAAUACUCCUUUAGGGUUGUAUGCAGCAUCAAGUGGCGUUGAGUGUGAUUGGAGAAAAAAGUCAGAGAAGAAGCUUGCCGAAGUAUCAAGUGAAGAAACUAGGCCUUUGAAGGAAUCAUCACAAAAGCAAUCCGGAUUUUUUGAGGUCCAUGCCUCUGGUUCACACAGGCGAAAUAAUAGUAGGGAAGGAAGAUCCAAUAUGGCUGUGAAGAUUGAAGAAAGACCAAGACCGCAUUAUAGUGAAACAGGUGACCAAAUCACUGGACAAUUUGAAACAAGAAGGAACUACAAACAAUUUAAAGAGGUGUCGGAGAUCCAUGACAAUGCUGUAGAAACAACUUCUGGCUCCCUAAAGCGGUAUAGCAGCAGAAAUGAAGACUUGGCUGUAUCCGUGAAUUCGCUUCAGGAUUCAAGAGGGGAACAUCAUAAAACAGCUGGCCGCAGUACCAGACAAGGUGAAUAUGGAAGGAAUUCCCGGCAAAGGGCUGAUGUGAUGGAAAGCCAAGAAAUCAAUAUCAGAGGGACCACUGCUUCACAGAGACGGUCAGAAAGUGCUAUAAAUAAGCCGGAGAAGACCUCAACAAGGAUUAUAAGUUUGGUUGAUGAUAAAGAAGAGCAGCACCACCGGGUGGGUCAAGCGGUCACAAGACAGAUUGACUCAAGAAUGAAUAGUCAAGAAAGAUAUUCUACUACGGGGAUGAAAUCAGCUGAGGAAACCAAGGAAGGCCCUAAUAUAACUGAUGAAAAAGUACUGCAAAUUGGGUCAAGGGAAGAGGCUCAAAAGUCUAGUGAAGUGCUGAGUUUUCACCUGGGCCUGUCACAAGAGACAUCUAGUUGCCAAGCAUCUCCAAAAUCAAACAUCCAACCUAGGGUUCAACCAAUUAGUGUGGUGGAGGGGGACAAGAUAAGCUCUCAGGUAAUAAUGAUGCCACCAUCAUCUCAAUUGGUAGCAAGAGAUCAACUGCAUAUCAAGGUAAGUGAAUUUGCAACGCAAGAGGUUUCAAGUGGAAAUCUAGAAAAUGCUUCUAUUUCUUUACAUGGGCGCGCACAAGAGAUUUCUCCAGUUUUGCAGCAUGAAAACAAUGGUGAGAUUCAUGGGGAACCCCUAAACUUCAUCAAUCAAGCAGAUUCUCUUGGUUCAGCUGAUCGGUUUCAGCAAUCGUCUGUGCACUUGGUUGAUGAGUUUGUUGAGAAGGUAAGACAAGAAGUUUCAACUUCAGAAAUCCAAAAGGAGCAGAAAACUUAUGAAACAAAGCUGGUGUACAAUGAUGAUCAAUGUAAACAAAAUGAAUUGACUCAAUAUGCUUCUGGAGAUUAUCAACCAAAAGACCAUGAGUCGAGGCGUUCAUCUCAGAGUUCUGGUACAAAGGGGCCUUCAGAUGACAUGUGGGAUGUAACUGAUCCAUCUAUUCAGGAGCCAACCAAGACAGAAGUACCAGAGGGUACUACUACUAAAGCUGCGAAUAUUGUUGUCAAGAGAAGUGGCAGGUCCUGGUGGAAUAUCAUUACAGAUGUAGUUCGCUUGCAGUGGGCAUCACAUUCUGAAACCCAUAGUUCAGCUUUAAAGUCAGGUGGAAGGAGUUCAUCGAAUAAGUCUACAAGUAGCGAGGCAUGGUUUUCUGGUCAUGAUCCGGAUGAAAACAACGGUGAGAAUGUGAAAAGUGGAGGGAGAAGCAUGUCACAAAACCCCACUACUGAUCAGCUACAACUAGGAAGAAUUCAAACUCAAAGUCUAGAGGUUUCGAGCUCAUCGAGUUCGAAGGACAAAAGAAAGUAUGUAGGAGUGGAUUCACUAUCCUCCUCAAGUAUCUUGGAGAGUGGCUUUGCAUCUGAAGGCAUUUCUCUGCCUUCCAGUAAAGAAAUCUUCGGAAAGAACUCUGAAGAAGUAUCUGGAACUGAGGGUGCAGAUGGGGAAGUGAGGCGAAGGAAACUUCAAAGAAACAAUCAAGUCCUGAAAAAUAGAUUUGAUGAAUGGGAGGAAGCAUAUAAACUCGAAGCUGAGCAGCGGACAGUUGAUGAAAUGUUUAUGAGGGAAGCAUUGUUGGAAGCCAAAAAGGCUGCUGACAGCUGGGAGGUGCCUGUUGGGGCUGUUCUGGUGCAAAAUGGAAAAAUUAUUGCUCGUGGAUGUAACCUAGUAGAAGAGUUACGCGACUCCACUGCCCAUGCGGAAAUGAUUUGUAUACGAGAAGCUUCAAACAUACUUCAGACAUGGAGGCUUUCGGCGACUACACUUUAUGUGACACUUGAACCAUGUCCUAUGUGUGCUGGAGCAAUACUUCAAGCUAGGAUAGACACUGUUGUAUGGGGAGCCCCCAAUAAGCUCCUAGGAGCUGAUGGCAGCUGGAUUAGGCUUUUCCCCAGUGGGGAUGGAGGAAAUGGCUCGGAACUGACAGAAAAGUCUGCUGCUCCAGUCCACCCGUUCCACCCAAAUAUUACGAUUCGACGAGGAGUGUUGGCUUCAGAGUGUGCAGAUGCAAUGCAGCAGUUCUUCCAACUAAGGAGGAAGAGGGAUAAGAAACCAGAACCACCAUCACCACCUUCAUGCCUUCCUAUUUCAAACCAUCAUUCAAAGUUCUUCACCAAGAUGCAUGAUGCUUUCCACAUGAUGUUCUGUUUGUAGCUGAUCAGACAUUGGACAAUUUUUCAUGCUUCAGAAUUGUUUUGAGAAAUGAAACUGCCUUUUGGUCUUAGUUGAGUUGAACUCCAAUGUACAACUGUGUUCCUUUUUUUUUUUUUUUUCCGGGUUCACGGAAUAAGUUUGCUGCAUAUUAAUCACAUGUAACAAAUAGGCUUUGUUGAUAAAUCAUGAUUGUAGGAAGUGUUGAAUGGGGCACGACUGUCCCUCUAAGUUCAAUUCUUCAUUUUUCA